AUGGGCGGUCUUAAGAAGUAUUGGGAUGGUUAUGAUAAUCAAGAGAUCGUGUGGAUUGACGACCCGGUUAAUACGAAUACAGAGAGAGAUCCCAAAUCAAUUCAACAGCUCAAGAAUGUCUUGUCAACCGGAAACUGCCUUGUUGAAAUCAAAUAUGGUUCGCUUGUAUUCGAUUCGAAAUUGGUUAUCAUCACAUUCAAGAGGGUGGGAAAGGGAAUUUUCGUGAGCCGUGAAUAGUGAAUAUUUGUUCGUGUGAAAUGCUUGAUUUUAGUGUCGUGAAAUGUGAUUUGUUCUACAGCCAUGAGGCGUGAUUGUUGAUAAAAAUGCUCCGUGAAAUGAGAAUUAAGGAUGCCUGUUUCGUGAACUGUGAUUAUUAUAGUGAUUAUUAUAAUAAACAUGAUACGCGAUAAUCAAAUUUAUAUGAUCUCACUCGAUUGCACAAGAGUAAAAACUUCGGAGGCCUUUCGCGAGGUUCCUGACGCUGAGAACAAGGUUCCUGACGCUGAGAACAAGGUUCCUCACGCUGAGGACAAGGUUCCUGACGCUGAGGACAAGGUUCCUCACGCUGAGGACAAGGUACCUGGCGGUGAGGACAAGGUUCCUGGCGCUGAGGACAAGGUUCCUGACACUGAGGACAAGGUUACUGGCAGUGAGGACAAGGUUCCUGGCGGUGAGGACAAGGUUCCUGGCGGUGCGGACAAGGUUCCAGGCGGUAAGGACAAGGUUCCUGGCGGUGAGGACAAGGUUCCUCUCGGUGAGGACAAGGUUCCUGGUGGUGAGGACAAGGUUCCUGGCGGUGCAGACAAGGUUCCUGGCGGUGAGGACAAGGUUCCUGGCGGUGAGGACAAGGUUCCUGGUGCUGAGGACAAGGUUCCUGGUGCUGAGGACAAGGUUCCUGGUGCUGAGGACAAGGUUGCUGGCAGUGAGGACAAGGUUCCUGGUGCUGAGGACAAGGUUCCUGGCGCUGAGGACAAGGUUCCUGGCGUUGAGGACAAGGUUCCUGGCGGUGAGGACAAGGUUCCUGCCGGUGAGGACAAUGUUCCUGGCUGUGAGGACAAUGUUCCUGGCGGUGAGGACAAGGUUCCUGGCGGUGAGGACAAGGUUCCUGGCCGUGAGGACAAGCUAGGUUACUGGCGGUGAGGACAAGGUUCCUCGCGGUGAGGACAAGGUACCUGACGGUCAGGACAAGGUACCUGAUGGUCAGGACAAGGUACCUGACGGUGAGGACAAGGUUCCUGGCGGUGAGCACAAGGUUCCUGGCGGUGAGGACAAGGUUCCUGGCGGUGAGGACAAGGUUCCUGGCCGUGAGGACAAGCUAGGUUACUGGCGGUGAGGACAAGGUUCCUCGCGGUGAGGACAAGGUACCUGACGGUCAGGACAAGGUACCUGACGGUCAGGACAAGGUACCUGACGGUGAGGGCAAGGUACCUGACGGUCAGGACAAGGUUCCUGGCGGUGAGGACAAGGUUCCUGGCGGUGAGGACAAGGUUCCUCGCGGUGAGGACAAGGUUCCUCACGGUGAGGACAAGCUAGCUUACUGGCGGUGACGACAAGGUUAUUGGCGCUGACGACAGGGUUCCUGGCGUUGAGGACAAGGUUCCUGGCGGUGAGGACAAUGUUCCUGGCGGUGAGGACAAUGUUCCUGGCGGUGAGGACAAGGUUCCUGGUGGUGACGACAAGCUAGGUUACUGGCGGUGAGGACAAGGUUCCUGGCGGUGAGGACAAGGUUCCUGGCGGUCAGGACAAUGUUCCUGGCUGUGAGGACAAUGUUCCUGGCGGUGAGGACAAGGUUCCUGGCGGUGAGGACAAGGUUCUUGGCCGUGAGGACAAGGUUCCUGGUGCUGAGGACAAGGUUCCUGGUGCUGAGGACAAGGUUCCUGGUGCUGAGGACAAGGUUCCUGGUGCUGAGGACAAGGUUCCUGGCGCUGAGGACAAGGUUCCUGGCCCUGAGGACAAGGUUCCUGGCGGUGAGGACAAGGUUCCUGGCGGUGAGGACAACGUUCCUGGCACUGAGGACAAGGUUCCUGGCGGUGAGGACAAGGUUCCUGGCGGUGAGGACAAGGUUCCUGGCGGUGAGGACAAGGUUCCUGGCACUGAGGACAAAGUUCCUGGCGGUGAGGACAAGGUUCCUGGAGGUGAGGACAAGGUUCCUGACACUGAGGACAUGGUACCUGGCAGUGAGGACAAGGUUCCUGCCGCUGAGGACAAGGUUCCUGGCGCUGAGCACAAGGUUCUUGGCGGCGAGGACAAGGUUCUUGGCGGCGAGGACAAGGUUCCUGGCGGUGAGCACAAGGUUCCUGGCGGUGAGGACAAGGUUCCCGGUGCUGAGGACAAGGUUCCUGGCGGUGAGGACAAGGUUCCUGGCGGUGAGGACAAGGUUCCUGGCGGUGAGGACAAGGUUCCUGGCGCUGAGGACAAGGUUCCUGGCGCUGAGGACAAGGUUCCUGGCGGCGAGGACAAGGUUCCUGGCGGUGAGGACAACGUUCCUGGCACUGAGGACAAGGUUCCUGGCGGUGAGGACAAGGUUCCUGGCGGUGAGGACAAGGUUCCUGCCACUGAGGACAAAGUUCCUGGCGGUGGGGACAAGGUUCCUGGAGGUGAGGACAAGGUUCCUGACACUGAGCACAUGGUACCUGGCAGUGAGGACAAUGUUCCUGGCGCUGAGGACAAGGUUCCUGGCGCUGAGGACAAGGUUUCUGGCGCUGAGGACAAGGUUCCUGCCGCUGAGGACAAGGUUCCUUGCGGUGAGGACAAGGUUCCGGGCG